CGUCUGCAUGACCACACCGGCCUUUGUGAUCCCGACGCCGCCACCGAGCCCGCCGAUGCUCGACUACACCCGGCACAGCAACCCCGACGUUGACCGCGACGUCGACGGCGACGAGUGGCGAAGCCUGUCGCCCACCAACGACGCGAGCGAGUCGGGCAAAGAAGGUGACACUGACGACGACAACUCGACAGCACUCGCGCCGGGCGCACCCAUCCACAUCUUCUCGAUGCCGGCCAUCGCCCUCUAUCUGCAGAUGAUCGCGGUAUCUUGCUUGCAGAACCUCCUGCCGCCGCUCAAGAUCUACCUCUUCACGGCCUACCUCCACGGGUCGACCACACAUGUGUGGCAGCUCACCGCGCUCGAGAACAUUGCGUGGACCUUCCGCGUCUUCUUUGCGAUUCUCU